GUACUGAAUUAGUGAAUAUUUGUUGGGUGAAUAUAGAGAGAAAAAAUAAAUAAAAAAAACCCUGUCAUGUCAGCCUCAUAAUUGAGUUCUGAGAACACCAUGUGCAUCUUUAAACUCAAAAAUCUCUUUGUCUUGCGCCAUAUUUUUUCUAUCCCCACACAAUUGCCCCAAGCUUAUCCUCUUUCACAACUUCACCCCAUUUUCCUACAAAUUUCUUCAAACACUUCAACCAAUAAAAUAAAAACAACAAAUUGUUUGACCAAACAGUUCAAGAUUUCACCAGAUACGAUCUAUGUAAAGGGCAUUUUCGUCACAAAACUAUAAUCAUUUAACACUAUAUAUUCACUACGUUGUCAGAACCAUAAACUCAACUCCAUGCAAAACCUCUUCAUCACAAACACACCAUAAAUUAACUUCAUACCAUAGUAUCUUCAUACAAAAAAUAUUAUAUCAUUUCAAAUAGCAUAUAGUUUAAAUAAAUAAACUAUAGUUAUUAAAUUUUCAUUUUCUAACUCUAACCGUCACAAUGAGUGGAGUUAAGUUUUUGCAAGCUAUAACCGUCGCAAUAUUCAUAUUAUCACUCACAACCACCACCGUCCGGUCAUGUCCACCGUCAGACAGGGCGGCGCUACUAGCAUUCAAAGCAGCUCUCCAUGAACCAUAUAUCGGCGUCUUCACCUCAUGGACAGGAGCCGACUGCUGCCACAAUUGGUACGGAGUUAGCUGCGACAAAGAAUCUCGCCGCGUCGCCGAUAUAAACCUCCGCGGCGAAUCAGAAGAUCCAAUCUAUCAAAAGAAACACCGUACCGGUUACAUGACCGGUUACAUCUCACCGUCAAUCUGUAAACUAACUCGUCUCUCAAGCUUUACCGUCGCCGAUUGGAAAGGUAUCUCCGGCGAAAUUCCUCGCUGUAUUUCCACCCUCCCUUUUCUUCGCAUCAUCGACUUAAUCGGAAACAGAAUCUCCGGUAAUAUCCCCACCGACAUCGGUAGGCUUCAACGUCUAACCGUUUUCAACAUCGCCGACAAUGUUAUCUCCGGUAACAUUCCACCGUCGCUAACAAAUCUGAGAAGUUUAAUGCAUCUUGAUAUCCGUAAUAAUCGGAUCUCAGGUCCUUUACCUAAUGACUUCGGUAGACUUCCAAUGCUGAGUCGGGCUUUACUGAGCGGUAAUAAAAUUACGGGUCAUAUUCCCGACUCAGUAUCACGUAUUUACCGUCUCGCAGAUCUGGAUCUAUCAAGAAAUCAAGUUUCUGGACCCAUACCCGAAUCAUUGGGUAAAAUGGCGGUUUUAUCCACACUUAAUUUGGAUAUGAAUAAUAUUUCAGGAACUAUACCAAUAAGUCUUUUUAAUUCAGGAAUAAGUGAUUUAAAUUUAAGCCGAAAUGCUUUGGAAGGUAAUAUACCCGAUGUGUUUGGUGUGAGAUCAUAUUUUACGGUUUUGGAUUUGUCUUAUAAUCAUCUUAAGGGUCCAAUUCCAAAAUCAAUGGCUUCUGCUUCUUAUAUUGGACAUUUGGAUUUAAGUUAUAAUCACUUAUGUGGUAAGAUACCUGUUGGAGAUCCUUUUGAUCAUUUGGAGGCUUCAUCUUUUGUCUACAAUGAUUGUCUUUGUGGGAAACCACUUAAAGCUUGUGCUUACUAAACAAACUUACUUACUUUCAUAUCUUAUGAAAUUAUAUUUGUAUGUUUGUAAUUGUAAUAAUAGGAUGAAGAGUGUUGUGUUUAUGUUUAUUAAAUUAGUAGUUAGUUAAUUUUCUUGUAUUUGUGUUUGUAAUUUUCAUCAUCAUCUAUUACAUUACAUAGUACAAUAUAAAUGUGCUUUUAAGAUA